AUGGCAUCAUCAAUAAGACGACCAGUCCGCGUUGCGGGCUGCUCUGGCGGCUUCACAGAUCGCUCGCGUGCGAUCAAGUCAAUGGCUGAAGACCCCGAUGUCGACGCUGUGAUAGGUGACUGGAUGGCAGAAAUGACCAUGACCAUGCACGGCAGCGGCAAGGCCAAGAACCAGGCCAAGUUACCUGGAGGUGCCACAGCGUCGCUCUCCCUCGAGGAGCGCAUGAAGACGGCCAUGUAUGCCGAGACAUUUAUUCAGUGCUUCGAGCCAGCCAUAGAAGCCCUGUCCAAGAAUCAGUGCAAGCUCGCGGUAAACGCCGGCGCCUCUGAUACGGAGCUGCUCGCGCAGGUGUGCCAGAAGAUGGUGCAAGACGCGGGUCACGGGCAUCUGAAAAUCGCCUGGGUCGAGGGUGACGAUGUGACCCAGCAGGUCAAUCGACUGAUAAAGCAAGGCGAGCAGUUUGAGAGUCUGAUGCACGGAAAGAAGCUUGAGGAAUGGGGCAUGGAGCCCAUAUGCGCGCAGGCCUAUCUUGGAGGCCUUGGAAUUGCCGAGGCGCUCAGGCAAGGCGCCGAUAUUGUUAUAUGCGGCCGCGUGGCAGACGCUGCCCCAGUGAUAGGUGUUGCGGCAUGGUGGCAUGGCUGGAAAGCCGAUCAGCUUGACGAGUUGGCCGGCGCUUUGAUAGCCGGCCACUUGAUCGAAUGCUCAGCCUAUGUGACUGGCGGAUAUUACGGUGGUUUCAAAGAAUUUAUGAAAGACAAGAAACACGUGAACAUGGGCUUUCCCAUUGCCGAGAUUGACGAGAAGGGCGAGUGCGUCAUCGUCAAGGAGAAGAACACUGGCGGCGCUGUGAAUGUGGGAACUGUUGCCUCACAGCUCCUUUACGAGAUUCAGGGACCCUGGUACUAUAACUGCGAUGUGGUGGCCGACAUUACAGGCGUUGUCAUGGAGCAAGCGGGCGAGGACGCUGUGCGCGUGACAGGGGUAAAGGGGUUGCCGCCGCCGCCCACGACCAAAGUUGGGAUCACUGCACCUGCAGGUUUCCAGGCAGAGUGGCACAUUUACUUUGUCGGCCUCGACAUUGAAGAGAAAUGUCGAUUCACCGAGGACCAGAUCCGAUAUGCCAUCGGCGACAACAUCUCAAAGUUCACCACCCUCAAGUUCCACCAGAACGGCUCUUCACCCAUCGAUGCACACAACCAGGACGUGGCCACGGUGGACUUUCGCAUCUUUGCUCAGAGCAGGGACCCAGAGGUGAUGCGACCCGACGUUCCGAAUGGUUUCAACCGCUGGGUGCUCGAAGUCUUCCUGCAGAGUGCCCCAGGAGCGUCACUGAGCAAUGACCUCAGGCAGAUUGCGCCCAAGCCGUACUAUGAGUACUGGGUAUCGUUGCUGCCACAGGCCGAGCUGAACCACCGCGUGCACUGCCUCUUUGGCGAGAACAUGAUCAUCAAGAUGGACGCACCGACUCAGACAAGGACAUAUCCCAAGCAGCAGCCAAGCUACGAGACGACGGAGCCUCGAGCCCUGGACAGCUGGGGCGAGACGGAGAAGGCACCGCUGGGGUACAUCGUGCUAGGGCGAUCCGGUGACAAGGCGAGCGACUGCAAUGCCGGCUUCUUUGUGAGGCACGCGGAUGAGUGGGAGUGGCUGCGCAGUUUCUUAACGAUUGACAAGCUCAAGGAGCUCCUUGGUCCGGAGGAAUACAAGGGGAAACCGAUCGAUCGGUUCGAGAUUCCCGGCAUCAAGGCUGUGCAUUUCUUGCUGCACGACCAUCUGGACAGAGGCUACAAUGGCUGCUCGACGUAUGACACGCUGGGCAAGAAUGCUUGCGAGUACAUCAGGGCGAAGACGGCAGAAAUCCCCAAGAAGUUCUUGGAGCGUGGGAGAGUCUGA